UCGCUUCGCCUCACGUCUCUGAAACUGAACUGCAAAUUUUAAAUUGAAAGCACAAAGAACCCUAACCCUCCAGCCACCGCAGCCACUGCGCCCCGCAGCCACUGCGCCCCGCAGCCCCCAGAGCCCCACAACCACGCUUCAUUGUCAUCGACGAACUCGUCUCCGCUGGGUAGAGGCGUCGCAUUCGGAAGCUCCGUCGCCGUCGCAGGAGCUAUGUUGCCGUUGUAGGAAGCUCCGUCGCUGUCCUGGGAAGCUGUGUCACCGUCGUAGGAAGCUCCCUCGCCGUCGUGUGGAAGCUCUGUGGCCGUCGUCGUCUCCUCUGUUCGAGCGCGCUCUCUCUCUCUUCCCCGGUGUCGCCGUCUCCUUGGUUUUCGCUGUCACUCCCUUUCCUCCUCGCCGCGGGAAGAAGAAGAAGUCAUCCAAACAGAACCCCAAUAAUAUGAAUGUGAAUAUUCUGCAGACUGAUCCUCCUACUUCUAACCUUAAAAGGAAAAGGCAAAAAGUUAAACGUGACGAAAGGAAGAAAGAGGCAGAGCUCCCUGCGCGUCGGAAGUGGAAGGAUGACCAUGAUGAUGAAGAAGAUUUUAAUGAUGAUUCUCCUAGAAACAGUGAUGCGGAAAGGAUGUUGCAAGAUUCAGAUGACAAUGAUUCUCAAUCAACAGGCUCUGAGACUGAAUAUGAUGCUGAGUUUUCUCAGUCAGAUGAAGAGGAUGUUGGAAUUGAUGGUCAACCAAAUUAUGAGGAUUCAGUGCACUUAAGUUCUUUUAACCUACAUUUGGAACAUAAUUUAACAAAAGAAGAGAUAGACAACCAAAAGGGUUCCAAAUUUAUAUGGGAGGUACCAGCCAUUGGCAUGUCGAGUUGCAAAUGGAUAGGAACUGGAGAAAAUAUUUUGAAGGAUUUGAACUCCAAUUCUUUCGAUGGUCUGAUACCAAGGUUGUAUGAGCACUGGAUGGAUGUCUACAAGACAUCUGGGGGCAAGGAUUUGAAUUCAUCUAUGCAGAAGAUAUUUUUCUCCCUUUGCAGCAGAUACCGGGAUAUACUUCACUGUAAUAAGAAACCAUUCUAUGUCAAAGGUCUCGAAGAUACAAGCAUCAUGGAUGCAUACAUAAUGCAUUCUCUCAAUCAUGUGUUCAAAACUAGAGAUUGUGUGAAAAAGAAUGAUGCAAAAUUAUCCAGAGCUGGAGAGAGUGCUGGUAGUGACAAAUUCCGAGAUCAAGGUUUUACUCGUCCAAAGGUUUUAAUUUUAUUGCCAAUGGCAAGCAUCGUGUAUCGUGUUGUGAAGAGGCUUAUACAACUUACACCUUCAGCUCACAAGGUUAAUGUUGAGCAUAUGGAUCGUUUUUUAACUAAAUUUGGAAGUGAAGAGGGCAAUGACGAAAAUGACCAUGAUUCUGAAAAUAAAAAACCUCAAAAAGCAUCCAAACCAUCUGACUAUGAAGUACUUUUUGGUGGCAAUAAUGAGGACGAUUUUAUGAUCGGCAUCAAAUUUACUAGGAAGACAAUUAAGUUGUUCAGCGAUUUCCAUACCUCAGACAUCAUUGUUGCUUCAGCUCUUUCCUUGGUUAAUAAAAUUGAAGAGGCCGGGAGUAACAAGGAAAAAGAUGUAGAUUUUCUUUCAUCGAUCGAGGUGCUGAUUAUUGAUCAUGCUGAUGUAAUAGCAAUGCAGAAUUGGUAUCAUGUACAUACAGUUAUUGACCACUUGAACCGUUUACCAUCGAAGCAGCCUGGAACUGAUGUUAUGCGCAUUAGACCAUGGUAUCUUGAUGAUAAUGCCAGAUUUUACAGGCAAACAAUUGUUCUGGGGUUUUAUUCAAAUCCAGAUAUAAAUGCUUCAUUCAAUCAUCAGUGCUGUAAUUAUGAAGGGAAGGUGAAGCUGGUUUGUGAUUAUAAAGGUGUUUUACACAAAGUUCUUCCCGAAAUAAGACAAAUCUAUGAACGAUUUCAUGUAGAUUCAAUAGUAGAUGCUGAUGAUGCUCGCUUUGAUUAUUUUGUUAAGAAGGUUUUCCCACGGAUCAAAGAUUCUGAUCAGGGAGGCAUUAUGAUAUUUAUCAGUUCUUACUUUGAAUUUAUUCGAAUCCGAAAUUUUUUGAAGUCACAGAAUGCUUCAUUUUGUCUUCUUGGGGAGUAUACGACCCAAAGUGACAUUUCUCGUGCACGUAAUUGGUUCAAUGAAGGAAAAAGGAAGAUCAUGCUUUACACAGAGAGGUCUCACUUCUACCACCGAUACAAGAUUCGUGGAGUUCAGAACUUAAUCAUGUAUUCACUACCAGAAAGGAAGGAGUUUUUCCCUGAGAUUCUGAAUAUGCUUGAUGGGUCUGCCAGUAUGGCAUGCACUCUUAUGUUUUCUUCCCUUGACAAGUUUCGGCUGGACAGAAUUAUUGGGACUAAUAAAGCAAAAAGGAUGGUGACUGCGGAGAAAUCUGUAUUUGUCUUUUGCCAUUAGUAUUCCAAAGCCUUUAAGGCAUGCUUUUGGAUUUUGAGAACGAUUCUUUUUGACCAAAUGAAGCUGAAAAGGACCCAAUUUUUUCCGUGGUGCGUUGAGAGACUGCCUCGAUUUCAGUUUCGGAACACAAAUGAAGGGAAACUUAUGCGUUGGGUUGAGUCUACUAGUCUUACUAUUUUCGAGUUAAAUUCAGAUUGUGAAUACCGAAUAGGCAUAGUGAAAAUAUUGCAGUUUGAGAGGGUUGUAAUCUUGGUUGUAAUCUUAUAUACUUUUUGGCUCAUGACUAUAUAUAUGGAACAAAUAUUUUUACGUUGCCUUGAUA